CUCCCAGAAAGCAUUGAAGCUGCGGGCGGCCACAUCCGCUGCUUCUCAUUGGUCCAGCGGGAGCGGAGGGGUGUUUUGAUUGGUGGAAGGUGGAGUUUGUAUCUGCAGGUUUAGCGCCACUCCGCUGGCUGCGGCUGCUCUGGGUUGUACUCUUCCAGAGGGGCUCACGCGGGCGGAGAAGUUUUGCUCCAAAGACACAGGAGGUCACACCUCGGCUGAGGUGGUAUCAGAGCAUCAGGUCCUGAAGUCGAAGCUCUGGCAGCACCUCCCUGGUGCACUUUCAGGAAACCUCAUCGGACUUUUGCAUCUGGAAGGACGUUUGUGUCUGGAAGGCCUGUGUAAAUGCAAUAAUCUAUGUGGUGAUGUCUCGGGAGACGAAUGUGGAGUGUCAGCAGCCCCGCGGCAGCGCCUCCCCGCAGUUCCAAGGCGGCUUCUCGCAGUCCCAAGGUCCCUCCUCGCAGCUACACAGCUCUUCUUCACAGUCCCAGGGCACAUCCAGCCAGUCCUCUCACUCCAGCUCUGGCACGCUGAGCUCCUUAGACACAGUGUCCACGCAGGAACUCUAUUCUAUCCCGGAGGACCAAGAACCGGAGGAGCCUGUCCCUGCCCCUUGGGCUCGAUUAUGGGCCCUUCAGGAUGGAUUCUCCAAUCUUGAUUGUAUUAAUGACAGCUACUGGUUUGGGAGGGAUAGAAACUGUGAAUACUGCUUCGAUGAACCCCUGCUGAAAAGCACCGAUAAAUACCGGACAUACAGCAAGAAACACUUUCGGAUCUUCAGAGAAAUGGGUCCUAAAAACUCUUACAUCGCAUACAUAGAAGAUCACAGUGGGAAUGGAACCUUUGUAAAUAGAGAGCUUGUAGGGAAAGGAAGACGCCUUCCUUUGAGUAACAAUUCUGAAAUUGCACUUUCAGUAUGGAGUAAUAAAGUUUUUGUAUUUUUUGAUCUGACUGUAGAUGAUCAGUCAGUGUAUCCUAAGGAAUUAAGAGACGAAUACAUCAUGUCAAAAACUCUUGGAAGCGGUGCCUGUGGUGAGGUGAAGCUAGCUUUCGAGAGGAAGACAUGUAUGAAAGUGGCCAUAAAGAUCAUUAGCAAGAGGAAGUUUGCUAUCGGCUCUGAGAGAGAGGCAGAUCCGGCACUCAAUGUUGAAACAGAAAUAGAAAUUUUGAAGAAACUAAAUCAUCCUUGUAUCAUCAAGAUUAAAGACUUUUUUGAUGCUGAAGAUUAUUAUAUUGUUUUGGAAUUGAUGGAAGGAGGAGAGCUGUUCGACAGGGUGGUGGGGCAUAAACGCCUGAAAGAAGCCACAUGCAAGCUCUAUUUUUACCAGAUGCUCCUGGCCGUGCAGUACCUUCAUGAAAAUGGCAUUAUACAUCGGGACUUAAAGCCAGAGAAUGUUCUACUAUCAUCUCCAAAGGAGGACUGCCUUAUAAAGAUUACUGAUUUUGGGCAGUCCAAGAUUUUGGGGGAGACCUCUCUGAUGAGAACCUUAUGUGGUACCCCCACCUAUCUGGCUCCGGAGGUUCUCAAUUCCUUUGGAACUGCUGGAUAUAACCGUGCUGUGGACUGCUGGAGUUUAGGAGUUAUUCUUUUCAUUUGCCUUAGUGGGUAUCCACCUUUCUCUGAGCAUAAGACUCAAGUGUCAUUGAAGGAUCAGAUCACCAGUGGAAAAUACAACUUCAUUCCUGAAGUCUGGGCAGAGGUCUCAGAGAAGGCUCUGGAUCUCGUCAAGAAGUUGUUGAUAGUGGAUCCAAAGGCGCGUUUUACGACAGAAGAGGCUUUAAGACACCCGUGGCUUCAGGACGAGGACAUGAAGAGAAAAUUUAACAACUUGCUUUCUGAAGAAGAUAAGUUGAUGGCUCUGCCCCAGGUCUCUGCCCAGCCUUCCACAAGUCGAAAGCGGCUUCUUGAAGGGGAAGCAGAGAAUGCCGACCCCACGAAGCGCCUGGCUGUGUGCGCGGCUGUCUCGUGAACACUGGUGGACCACGAAAGAAGUGUACCUUCUUGAACCCCUCUGCUGCCAUUUUCUUUAAAUAUGUUUUGUACAGUUUGUAUUUCAUUAUGGGAACAGCUGCUUUUCCACACCCACUGAUACACAAUUCAAAAUGUGAUGGAACCUGGGCUUUGUGCUUCUGUGUGUUGAUCAGCUCUUAGCUACAUGCCUUUAGUGUGUAUGUAUUUGAUACGUAUACUUCUGGUGCUUCUACUUUGGCUGUAACUAGACGUGUUUCUGAGGAUACAUCCCUGGGUAAGCUGUGUACAAGUUCUAAAGACCCCUUAGAAAGUUGCAGGGGGAGGGGCACAGCAAGUCAGGGUGGGGUUUGUUGAAAGUGGCUGGUUGCCAGAGUCUUUACCAGACAGUUGGUACUUUGGUGCCUGUACCAUGGCCCACUUUUGUGAUUUUUAUUUUAAUUUUUUAAAUUCAAUUUUUAUUUUUUUGGUUGCACAGCUUUCGGGAUCUUAGUCCCCUGAACAGGGAUCAAACCUGUGCCCCUCUGCAGUUGAAUCAUGACAUCCUAACCUCUGGACCAUCAGGGAAUUCCCCCAUGGUUUUAGAGUCCCAUUCUCACCCUCAUGGUCCCUAAAAUCACAGACCCAGAUAAGUUGUGAAAAUCAAAAACUUCUUGAUUAUAGGAAAAAGACCAGAAACACUGACUGUGUUUGAAAUGUGAAAAAGGCAUGUGUGCUUGUCCUAUUGACCCAAUGAUGACCAAGAAGACCCUGUGUAAAGUGCCUGCCUUGGUUGGUCUUGUCUAGUGAUUCAAUGUGCUAGGUCCUCUGAUUAUCAUCAUGUUAUAAGUGGGGAACCCAGACCGAAGAAGUGAGGUGACUUACUCAAUGUCACACAGCUAGGAAGUGGCAGAACUGGGACCCAGCCCAGGGCUUCCUGACUCAAAUCUUGUUCCCUAUCUCCUCUGUCCCUUGUUCGAUCAGACUUAGGGAUGUAGACUCACAGACAAAACUCGUGUGAGGCUGGUGUCUAAAUCUUGAAUACUGGUAUGUUCAAUCAUGAUGGAUGGAUACAACCCCAUAAUCUGUGGAAGUUGAGACAUCUUGGGGACAAGGAACAGAAGCCCAUUCAAAUUACUUCAUGGAAAAGGGGAUUUGUUUCGGCCUUAGCCUGGGCAGUUCUAAUGGCUGGCUUCUCUUGUCUCUUUCCAACCCACUGAAUUUGCCUCUCUGGUCACUUUGGCUGACUGAUGCUAGGCCACAUUGUAGUUUGCUGACCGUGCCGUGAGUUGAGUGCCUUGGUUCGGAUGCUGCUGUUGAGCCAGCCAGGGGAGGGUGAGGGGCACACAGCUGUUGCCCCAGGCAGUGAGGGUGAUGGUUGGCAAUGGAAAUUAAAAGGGUGUGUAGGCAUUCUGAGGCUUGGCUGGCCUGUUGCUGAGGGCUAGAUGGGGAUUUAGGUGGUUUGCAUAUUUUAAGGAAUGAGGCAGAGAUUGCCAAGUUAGAUGGGUUUCAGCUCAUUUGAAUACUUAAUGUGAAGGCUGUGGUUUCUUAGGGCAUCUUUCCCUCUUGGGGUAGUCAACCAGCCCGUCUCUGUUUUCAGUGCACUCUGUGAUUACACCUACCAUGGGUAAUGGCCUCCAAAGAUGUUCUUAUCCUAGUCCGCAGAAUUUAUGAAUAUGUUCCUUUUUCAUGGCAAAAGAGAUUUUGCAGGUGUGAUUAAGUGAAGGAUCUUGAGAUGGGAAGGUUAUCCUGUUUUAUCAAAGUGGGCCCGUGUUGUCACAGUGUUCCUUUUAAGAGGGACACGGAGAGUCAAGAGUCAGAAGAGAGGGAGUGGUAUUCUUUGAAAACAGGAAGAGGCCACAAGCCAUGGACUACAGGCAGUCACUAGCAUCUGACCAAAAGCAAUGGAUUCUCUCCUCAGAGCCCCCUGAAAGAACCACUGCUUUUACUUUACACCUUGACUUUAGUCACAUGAAACUGAUUUUAGACUUCUGACCUCCACACUUAACAGAAUAAAUAUGUACUGUUUUAAACCACCGAGAUUGUGGUAGUUUGCUACAGCAGCCAGAGGAAACAUAUACUCACUAAUGAGACAUCAGCUGCUGAUCUGGGGAUACCAAGCAUCCACUUCCACUUCUUAACCUCAUACUCCACUUUUCUUUAGGGGGGAAUUCUUUUCCCCUAUCCCAUGAGUUCAUAGUGGGAGGGGGAGAUGGUACCUAAGAAGCCAAAGGGGUCCCUAGAGGCCUUUCCCCUGGUAGAGCUCCUCCCACUGACCACCCAGCUGGAGGUGGGCACAGGACUGAAACAUAAGCAAAUGGAGCUGGGAUGGCAGCAUUAGUAGGAGCAAUCAGAAGGGGGGGGGUCCCUUUUUCCACCUGCCCCACCACCCCCCGCCAUGUCCUGGCAGGGCUGACCCCACUCCCUUCCUAGAGGGGCUCCAUAUGGUCCAUUCUGGCCAGUCUUGCUGUGAUAGGCUCAGGCAGAUGCAUGUGACUCAAAGGGGCCCUAAAGAAAGAAAACCCAAGCCUUUGGCUGGAACUUCUGGGAAACAGUUCCUGCUGUGAAUAUGUAAAGUCACAUGCAUAAAUUAUGGGAAGUUAGGAUGAGAACACCUUUGGAGGCCAUUAUUCACCCUACCCUGGUAGAGGUGUGAGCUGGGAAGUGCCUGGGACACUGGGGAGAACUGUAUGAGAAUGAAGUCAUCACAGACAGAAGCAGAGCUGAGAUGUAGAAUGACUGAGCUUAUUGUAUGAGUACCUGAAUCCAACUAUCCCUUUAGUGAGGUACCAACCAGGACUUUGAUUUGUUCCCUUAGUUGAUUUACUUCAGGUUGAGUUUUUUAAAUUAAAAAAACAAAUUAUUUUAAUUUUUUUCAUUGUUUGGUCACUUGUGUCUGGAAAAGGCCAGACUAAUAAAUCCAACCAUUUGCAAACUCUAA